ACCUCGCAACAUGGCGCAUACGUUAAGUGAUCCUGCAUGGAAAUAAUAAACAGCAAAGAAAACGUAGUAGUUAGCUGCAAUAUAAGUGUUUGGGUGGUUUUCGAUAUGACGUAAAGCACAAAAAUGGGAAAAGAAAUGAAGUGCAUCCUUUGUGAAACUGUUUACAGUUCAAAACAGGAGAUUGAAGAGCACAUGAGAAGUAUGUUGCAUCACAGGGAGCUGGAGAAUCUCAAAGGAAGGGACUGUGAUCAUGAAUGCCGUGUCUGCAGGGUGACUGUUGUAGGACUUACAGCCUAUGCCAGUCAUAUCUCCAGUGAGCUCCACAAGGAGAAGGUGGAAUUGCAAGAAAGAGAAGGCAUAGCAGUUGGAGAAAAAUAUGUAGAAAGAGAAUAUUUUGACAAGGAACUUGUCAAGCUGAUUGAGAAGCGAAGGCAUGAACUUCGGAAAGAAGAAGAACUUCGUAGAAGGAAUGCCGGGCAAGAGGCAAAAAACCUCCAAAACAGGCCAGCAGAGAGGUUUAAUUAUAAUCAAACUAGAAGGGCAGAUUUUCAUCAGAUACAGCCCAGAGAUUGGGCAUGGGAAAGAAAUUCCUAUCCAUCAGAUCAUCAAGGCAAUCGCCCACAUUCUUCUUUCAGUCACAAUACAAAAACUCACAAUGGAGGAAGCAGGAGUUCUUCAAGGUGGAACCAAGAUGGAGCUUCUUCGAAUUGGAAGUUUCAGAAUUCUGAUUGCUAUGGACACUGGCAUACCAAUUCAAAACAAUCUAGCUGGUCCAAUGGAAGAAACUCUGGUUGGCCGCAAAAAGGAUCAGGCAACUUGCAUAGCUGGAUUUCCAGUGAUGUUUCUGGAACAUGGGGAUCAGACAACUGGAAUUACUCUGGCUUUCCUCAUCAAAGAGAACACACAAAAAAGAAUACAAAUUAUCAGAGAGGGCAAUAUUCUUGGGGUUGGAGAGAUGGCUGUCAGGGGCCUAAUCAAGAAAAUGAAAGUGACUUUUUUGAUUUCACUCAUGACAAUAUUCCAAAUGCUGCAAGUUUCCAUUUCAGCAGCAAUGGCAAAAGCAAUGUGAGGAGCUCCAGUAAUACUACUAGGGAUAAAAUGCAUCGGUGGGCACCAUAUCCUCCAGCUAAAGCACAGGAAACAUCAGUUGAAGUGAAUCAUAGUAAAAAAAAUGAUGAAUUCUGUGCAAGCACACAGACACCCCCUUUGCCGUCAGAUUCCUCAUUAAAACGAGAUUCUAGUGACUUGAGACAAACUCCUUCAGCCGCAGCUUGUGAGGAGCCUUCAGUGAAUCUGGACUGCAAUGCCUUUCCAUUGUCAAAUGUUUAUGAACAAAAAAGUCCUCAUAAACAGCAAAUAUCUUCAAGCAAAAAUGAAAUCAGUACCAAAGUUCAGGCAUCACAGAGUCCGUUUAUGAAAGAUCUUCAAUCAAAGGAUACAUCAAACAAAGCUAAUUCAGAAUGGGAAAAAUCUUCAAAUUUUAACUUUAAAGAGCGUAUCCUUAGCCUUAAAGCUGUAAAUCAGGAAGCAAACCAGGGAAAUUUCAACAUACAAAGUACACUAAACUAUAAAUCACUGCUAAAUGGAUCACAAGAUCAAGACAACAGCUUAAAGGAAAUGCUUCUAAAAGCAAAAGAGAUUCUUUCAUCUGGUAAAGUGAGGAAUAUAUUGGCUGCACCUUCAGUAGAAGUACCAGCAACUGCAUCCACACCAUUACCCCCUGAAACAAGCAUAGACAACACCACUGAAACAAGCAUAUAUGCAACUAAAAAUAAAAAUGAAGAAAUAUUUACAGAUUCUUUGAAAGAAUCUUUAAUUACAAAUAAUAAAAUCCCUGGCAUGCAUUUUGUGUUUUCCCCAGAAUGUGCUAAUUCAAAGGCGGUAUCCCCUUCCCCAUUUGUGCCUUCUUUGAGUUCUGCCACCACAAAUGAAGCACCUGAGAAUUCUGGAAUUUCAGACAUGACUUCACUGGAAGACAAAAAUAGUGAAAUGAGGAAUACCAAUGCCUCCAGUGAAAGCUCCAUUCAAGAACUGGACCAUGUAGCUGACAGAGAUUUCCAGCAAGCUGCUUCCCUGCACCCUGUUGGUCCUAUUGUGUCAGAUUUGAAUAAGCUGGAGCUGCCUGCCUCACUAAGGAGAGAUUUAACGCGCCACAUCACAAGUAAAAACAAAGCUGGCACUCAUGAACCCAAUUUAAACAUUGCACGGCGCAUUCGUAACAUAAGUGGCCACAGAAAAAGUGAAUCGGAGAAAGAGUCUGUGCUAAAGCCAACACUUCGUCAACUUAUCAGCUCAUCUGGAGCUCGCCGUAAUGUGGACUGGGAUCAGGUUUACCAGCAAGUAAGCAGGAAGAAGCAAGAGCAAGGCAAAGGACUGCCAAGAUUUGGUAUUGAAAUGGUGCCACCUGUUCAACAAGAUCCCAAUGAUCUGUGUUCAGAAGAACCUGAACUUGAAUUGUCAUCUUUGGAAGGCUUCCAAUGGGAAGGGAUCUCCGACACAGCUCCAGCAUCUUCACGAAAGCGAAGUUUAUCAGAAAGCAGUAUGGCAACAGAUAGAGCUGGCAGCAUUUAUAACCUUUUUAGUGACCGUCAAACCAGUGAUCAUAAGAAUGAUGUCCACAGUGAAAAUGCACCCACGAGGAGUCCUGUACAGUUGACCGAAAGAGAGAGUUCCAGUCCUGGACUGCAGGAUUUGCCUUUCAUCAAAAAGGAACUGAACAACAUGCCAGCUGAGCAGUAUCAACCUGGACAGGUCUCUGCUGUUGAAGAGGAUCGCAACAAUGCAACACAAGGCCAAGACUCAAUGGAGGGAGAUAGUAGCUGCACUUCUGGGGCUGAACAGAAUGAUAACCAAGGACUGGGGAAAAAGCGUAGAGCCGGCACUGAUGCUCCAACACCUGAAAUUCCAAAUUUGGAAAUAACUUCCAAGAGGAGAAAAAUCAAGUUAAAAAAAGAGCGGUCGCAAGUAGAGCAGUUGUUAAGUAUCUCACUUAAGGAAGAGGAACUCACUAAAUCACUUGAAGGAGUUGACAGCAAUUUGCUUCAAGCUAGAUCUGCCCUUCAGCACGCUUACAUAGAAGUGCAACGUCUACUAAUGCUGAAACAGCAGAUGACGGUGGAAAUGGGGACGUUAAGAAGUAAAAGGAUAGCAGUCCUUCAAGGAUUACAAGAAAACUAUGAUGGUCCAGAACCAUUUUUAGAAUGUAGAAAUCAAUUGGAUGCUCCAUUGGCAACUACACUACCAUCCAUGUUUUUGAGUCCUACAAUUAUGGAUACCAUUCCCACCUCCACAGAACAUCUCCAGCAAAACCCCUGUGCAUCAUUGCUUUCCCCAGGUGCCACUCCUUCCUCCCUAUGCAGUGAUAUAUCUGGCGCUGCCUCAACUUCCCAACAACGUUAUUUUAAGCAAGAGCCAGGCAUAGAAUCAAACAGUAAUCUUCAAAACACAGCCGAGGUUCUGUCUGCUGUUUCCCUGCCAGUGAAAGAUAGUCCAGAAGUAAAAAUCUCAGUAUAUCCAAAGAUAGUUCAUACUAUGUCACUUGCUGGAAAUGAAGUUGAAUCUUUAGCAUUGAACUUAGAUUGGAACAAAAGGAGCCCAGUAUCUACAAGUCCAGGUUGGGGUAAACCAAAAGAUAAUGUGGAGAAAAUGCAGGAUAUACCUCUUCCAGUUAACACCAGUCCUUUUGCCAACCAAGAAAAAAACAACAUCCAGCAGAAAAAAGAUUUAAAGGAUCUACCUAGGAAAAACUCUGAUUUACAACUAGUACAUACUGAAUUUCCUUUGACUAUAGAAAGCAAAUCUGGAAAACGGAUCAAGAAAUUAAAAAAGAAAAAAGACCUUCAUAAAGCCAAUGAAAGACAAAAUAACAGUGACACUGAACAGGAUAGUGAUAUAAGUCGGCCCAAACGGAAAACUAAAGGAAAGAAAAAUGUCAAAGACUCAAAAGUGAGUACAUCCAGCUGCUUUGCUCAACUUCAGGAGGAGCCCAAGGUGACUCCUGGUUCAGAAAUUGAACAACAGGGAAGCAGUGAUAGUGAUUCCUCCCUUGAAAUGAUAGAGCUCCCACCUGCAAAGCUUGAAGUAGUCGAUUUGAACUCCUCUGGCUCUGGAGAGGACAACCCCAAUAGUACGUUAAAUAGCAACAAAGCAUCUAUUUCAGCUUCUGACAGCAGGGAUGAAAACCAGAAGUUAGGCUGUGAUGAAGUGAGUUCUACCAGCGAGCUAAUGACCCCUAGUGUGGGCCUCACCAAAGCAGUGGAAACGCAGAGCUCUGUGUCAUCAGCUAAAGGAUCAAAAAACUCAUCUGAGGUUUCUUCUGAGCCUGGAGACGAAGAUGAACCAACUGAAGGUUCAUUUGAAGGGCACCAAGGUGCUGUGAAUGCCAUGCAGAUACAUAGUGGACUUCUUUACACCUGCUCCGGUGACAAAACUGCCCGUGUCUUUAACCUAAUUACUCGCAAGUGCAUUGCUGUCUUUGAGGGACACAGCAGUAAAGUGAAUUGUCUGUGUGUGGUACAAAUAUCACAAAGGCCUGUACAACUCUACACUGGCUCCAGUGACCACACGGUUCGCUGUUACAAUGUUAAGACCAAGAAGUUCAGAGAUGAAUUUUGUCUGUUGGACAGAGUGCUAUGCUUGCAUAGUCGGUGGCGGAUGCUUUUUGCAGGUCUGGCCAAUGGAACCGUAGUAGCUUUCAAUUUAAAGUCAAACAAGCAGAUGGAUGUAUUUGAGUGCCACGCACCUCGGGCUGUGAGCUGCAUAUCCUCAGCUCAGGAAGGAGCUCGUAAACUUCUGCUAGUGGGAUCUUAUGACAGUACCAUCAGUGUUCGAGACGCUAAUAGUGGCUUACUGCUGCGUACCUUGGAGGGGCAUACGAAGACUGUUCUCUGCAUGAAGGUGGUGAAUGAUCUGGUGUUCAGUGGCUCCAGUGAUCAGUCUGUACACGCUCACAACAUCCAUACAGGUGAACUAGUGCGAAUCUACAAGGGCCACAGCCAUGCAGUCACGGUGGUCAAUGUUCUUGGAAAGGUGAUGGUAACUGCCUGCUUGGAUAAACUAGUUCGUGUCUAUGAACUACAGUCCCAUGACCGCUUGCAGAUUUAUGGAGGACAUAAUGAUAUGGUCAUGUGCAUGACAGUUCAUAAGAGCAUGAUAUACACAGGAUGCUAUGAUGGAAGCAUUCAGGCUGUGAAACUUAAUCUAAUGCAAAACUACCGGUGUUGGUGGCAUGGUUGCUCCUUCAUUUUUGGAGUGGUACAGCAUCUGAUUCAUCAUCUUCUAACGGACCACAUCAGCCCAAACUUCCAGAUGCUGAAAUGCAGAUGGAAGAACUGCGACGGUUUCUUUACUUCUAAGAAUUGGUCAAAACAGGAUGUGCCAAAGCACAUGAAGAAACAUGCCGAAGAAGAAAGCAAGGUGGACCCAUAAGCCAUUAUCAUUCCUCUCAUAUUGGGAGCUUUGAAAGAGACAUUUUCCAAUUGCUGAUCUUUCCUAUUUCCUAGCAAGGAACAAAAAGAGAGAGGGGCCACCAAGUGCGAGCUGCAGCGCUCUUUGACAAGGGCGCAGCUGACCAGUAUCCCUGAUGGAACGGGACUGGGCUGCAGUUACUUCUGCAGCUGCCAAGGUCACCUGUGUUUUUGACACAAACGGAUAAGACCAUUUCUAUGUGCUUUACAUCAGAGUGAGAGCGCAGAUGCACAAAAAUACUGAAAGAAAAACGUUCAUGGUUUAAGUGUGCAAUCUCCAGUAUGUUGUGGCAGUUUAUAAAUUCUCAACAUGCCUAAGGCUAGCCCACAUGUACUACUUUCUGUUAAUGUUCUUGAUACAGGAUUUUGAUGGAACUCCGUAUACUUCUGUAUCCAUCGGUGUAGUUUUAAAAGUAAACAAUAUUACUAAGGAUGGAAUUAAGUGUAUGCAGGGUGCCUAUCAUUUAAACCAGUGGCAGCCUUUAAGCUCCGUCAUACUGGUAUUGUAUUGGUAACUACAUUUGACAGUGAAUUGGGCCUGCAGGUGAUGUAUAGAGUGGUUUUUAGCAAAGCGGUUUCACUGUUAAAUGAAUGUUCCUUAUCUUCAGCUGUUAUAUCAUUUUUUUUAACUGUUUUUAAGCUUGUUAGAAAUUCAGCGGGUGUAUUUUUAUAUAUUUGAAUAUACACUUUCUAACGGCAUAUUUUUGCAGCAGUGCAGAAUUAAGCUUACGUUUCCUAGUUUUGGGUUGUGGAGAAAGAAAUGGUUUGUGUCACAGUAAUGGUGCAGAGUAGGGUGACUGCAUGCAGUGCUUGUGCCAUUAUAAUCUCCCUUGUGUGACCUCUUUGUUUUAGCUCUUCAUUAUAUCCCUUACAUGUCAUAUUUAGAAAAACAUUCAUUUCAUACUUGCUUUUAUGUUUCUUUUAUUGGGUUUUCUUGCUGUCUUCCUAUUUUAUUUUUUUGCCAAAUCCAUCACUGUCCAAGUCAUCGCCCAGUAAGUGUUCAACACACCAUCAGUGCCACUUGUUUCAUUUCUAAUUAGAACAGAAGAAGGUUCUGUGUACUAUUUAUCUUGUAACCUUUCAUCUUCCUUGAAAAUAGUUUUUGUUCUAAAUCCCUUAUUUUUAAAUAAGUAAUUCUUUUACCACAGGGGUAACAGUUUUUAAAACUUUCAUUCUCAGUUUGGCAAUGCAGUGCUUGGUAUUCUGUGAAUUUCUACACAACACUCUUCCCUUCCCUUUCAUUUAAAGCUGCACUUUAAUCUUUAAGUUUUUUAUUAAAUGUUAUUUGGUUUUGAGAUACUUCUCAUAUAGGCCUGGAGUGUUUGGGAAAGCCGAGUUUUGUCUGAAGUUUUGCAAAAGCAACAAGUUUUAAAAUAAGUGGAAAAUUGUGGUGUGUUUUAGGAAUUGUUGGAAACGCAUGACAUCCUAAGAAGUGCUGCACAAAAGAAAUUCAUAUUUCACAAUAUUAUAUUGUUUGGUUUUCUCUGUUGUACUUUCUUCAGUCUGAUAUAAGGCAUUCACAAAAGAGUUUUAAAUUGAGGAUCAUUUAUUACCAACUCAUCUGUUAAACUGUUAAUAUGGGUUACUGUUCAGCUGUCAGCUCUGAGCUCACUGCUUUCAUUUUCUGGAAAAUUACGUUUAAAAUGUUCAGUCGCUGUGAUUCACGCAGCAGUAUUUUUAAUGAAAAUCUGUGAAAGCUGUUGCUGUUUUUGUAAGAAAUAUAAUAAUUAAGAAAAAAAAAAAA